CCACUGAAAAGAAGAGGGUGGAGUGCUCAGUUGUUUUUCUCUGGCUUCAACGAUAGUUUGCAGAGUCUCUCCGGGUCUUGUGUGUAAACUGAUCCGUACAGGCUCGGUGUAUUUUCUGGGGAGAGAGAGAGAGGGGGAGGAGUGGGAGAAGAUACUCCAUCCCUCUUUCUCUUGGCCGCUUUACCGCGGGCGUUACAGUUCAACGUGCAGUUUCUUGCCAAUUCAUCAGGGCGGACUUAAUCCAACAGUGUGUUCGUCUUUGAAUAUGAAACACAUUUGAAUUCAUUCUGUAUUUACGUUUUUUGGGCGUGAAGAAAAAUCUCUUUGUCGUGGGGAAAGUGUCAAACUUCCAUACCGUGUCAUAUUUCCCGGGAUUUAGAGCGUCGUUGCUCGCUCGCUCCCUUCGGCUUCUCACAAUGUUUUCUCUCCCGGGGAAGAACUGAACUUUUUACGGACUUUGACAACGUAGACAAUAGGACUUCGUUUGGGUUUUGGUUGUAAAAAGAGAGGAGACGAACCGAUUAGGACUGCGAGUUCGUGUUCAACUACAAAUUCCUGAGAGAUGGCGUGGCGGUGGGUCCUGGCUGCCAUCUUGGCGACGUUGUCUCUCUCCCUCCUCGGCUCCGCCUACGACGAGUUCACCUCCGACACCCUCAUCAACAACGUAGUCCAGGACCCAAUCACCAGCCGGCUGUACGUGGGCACGGUCAAUGCCCUCUACCAACUGGACCAAUCCCUGCACCCCGAGGCACACACCAGAACAGGACCCGAACUGGACAACCGCCAGUGUACCCCGCCCGUGACUUCCUGCGAGGAAGCCGUGGAGACAGACAACCAUAACAAACUGCUCCUCAUCCAUCCAUCCAAAGACACCUUGAUAGUGUGUGGGAGUCUGUACAGAGGAAUCUGUUCUCUGAGGAACCUGUCUAAUGUGGAGCAGCUGCUGUACUUCAGCGAUACGAAAGGAGAGAAGUCGUACGUGGCCAGUGCUGAGGAGAGUGUGUCGGUAGUAGGGGUCAUGUCUUACUACUUCAACAAGGACAAGGGGAACUUCACUGUCUUCCUGGUGGCUAAGGGCUAUGGCAGUCAUGACAGCACCAAGCUGAUCAGCACCCGUAUCCUCCAGGUCCAUAGUGACUGGGUGAUGUUCGACAGCAUCAUCGAGGCCUCGGCCGUCCAGUCCAACCCCUUCACGCUGCGCUACCUCCAUGACUUCAGACACGUCUUCAAGGACGAGGGCUUUGUCUACUUCCUGUUCUCCAGAACCCUGGGCGCCCAGGAUUCAGGAACCAAGAACUUCACCUUUAUCUCCAGGAUGUGUGAGAACGACCACAACUACUACUCGUACACAGAGCUCCAGCUGAACUGCAGCGCGGGGAACAAGUACAACAAGGUUCAGGCAGCCUACGUGACCCUCCCAGGAGAAGCCCUGGCCAAGAAUAUGAGCUCCUCUGGCUGGUACGGACCGGUUGGAGCCCAGGAUAAGGUUGUGUUUGUGGUGUUCAGCUCAGACGACGACAGCUCCAGCUCGGCAGUGUGUAUGUACCCACUGAGGGCCAUCAACCAGAGACUGGUGGAGAUCAUAGGAGCCUGCUACAGCACCAAGGGACAAAUAAACAACAAGUCUGCUGUCUACUCACCGUACUCCUCCAAGUCAGACGAGCUGUGUAAAAUAGAAAAUGAGAAGGGCAUGGUGACCAAUCAAAAGUGUGGUGCUGAGUUCCUGCCCUCCCCGCUGGCCAGCAGGGCAGAGUUCGCCCUGGCAACCGACCCCGUUUUCACCAAGAAGGGCCUGAUGACCGCUGUGGCCGUUGCUGUGGAAACGGAGCACGCCGUUGCCUUCCUGGGGACUACUUUAGGAGAGGUGUUGAAGCUGCACCUGUCGACCAGUCCAGAGGUGUACAGCCGCGCCCCUGGGGAGAACACCGGGGACAAGGUCAACAAGAACCUGCUGUUUGACACCAGCCUCACACACCUCUACAUCACCACAGAGAAGAAGAUCACCAAGGUGCCAGUGCAGGCCUGCCACCUGAAGACAGACUGCCAGUCCUGUGUGGCACAGAAAGACCCCUACUGUGGCUGGUGUGUGCUGCAGGGCAAGUGUACCAGGAAGGGAGACUGUCCCAGGGCUGAGGAUGACAACACGUGGCUGUGGAGCCCCAACCAGCAGUGUGUUCAGAUCCAGGCCUUUAACCCACCCAACCUCAGCUGUAGGAAGACCGAGCAGGUUGAAAUCUACAUCCCCUCCCUCCCCAAGAUCGGCCCUUCUGACAUUAUCAAGUGCAGGUUUGGUUCGGACACUAGUGGAGCUGUGAUGAUGGACCAGAAGGUCAUCUGUGCCCUCCCUGACCCCGUGAACAUCCCCUCUACACCUGACAAGCAGGACUUUGUGACGGUGCAGGUGAAGAUCCUGGUCAAUGACGGCAUCGAGGUGACGUCCAGCGAAUACAAGUUCUACAACUGUGCCGCCACCGGCAGGAAGUCCAGGAACACGCCGUGUAUAGCAUGUGUGACCAGUGAGUGGCAGUGCCAGUGGAAUGCCCAGGACCACACCUGCAGUGACAGAGAUGUCUCUGUAGAUGGAGCUCACAUCGUCAAAGCCCAACAAGCUGAUAGCUGUCCUCAGUUUGAGAACCCAGACCCUCAUCUCAUCCCUGUAGGCUACCUCAUCCCCAUCAGCUUCCAAGGGAAGAACCUGGACAUUUACAAGGAUCACACGUUUAAAAUUGGCACGGAGCUCAUGAAACACACAGAGGAAGAGUUCACCUUUAAUGAGGGGUUAAAGUUCAACUUCAAGGGUUAUGAGUUUGCCUACGACAAGGAGCAGGAGGUCAAUGUGUCCUUCCACAUCAAAGACCGAGACACAGAGAAGAAGAUUGACAGCACUCUGACUGUGGUGUUGUAUAACUGUUCUCUGGGUCGUGAGGACUGCAGCCUGUGUAAGAAUGCCGACCCCAAAUACAGCUGUGUGUGGUGUGCCAACAUGAGGUCCUGUGUGUACAGAGAAUUGUGCCGGUCCCAGGAACCAGUGCAGUGCCCCAACCCCAAGAUCACUGAGAUCAUCCCUCGUUUCGGGCCUCUGAACGGGGGGAUAGUGGUGACCAUUAAAGGGUCUAACCUGGGCAUAAAGAAGGAGGACAUUAAGAAGGUGACGGUGGCUGGAGUGGACUGUGUUCACCAGGGGGACAGAUACUCUGUCUCCACCAGUGUUGUGUGUGAGAUCGGUCCGGCCCGGUCUUCAGUGGACCACCCAGGUCCCAUCAACCAGGGGGUAGUGGAGGUGGAGGUGGAGGGGGGCAGGAGAGGACGUUCAGAGGUCCUCUUCACCUACAGGGACCCCAUCCCUGAGAAAGUUUCCCCCCUGAAGGGCCCUGUGGCCGGGGGAACAGUCAUCACUAUCUCUGGGAAACACCUGGAUACGGCAAACAAGAAUGAUGUCAUUGUCACCGUGGGGGGAACGCCCUGUGAAGUGUUGUCGUUUGGCAGUGAGAUCACCUGUAAGACAGGUGUAUACAAGGGACAAAAGGUUCCAUUGGAGUCCCUGAGAGUCUCGGUGAAGUAUGGGAAGAGCACCACCAAGGACGUCCCCGUCACCUUCAACUUCCAGUACUCUGAGAACCCCAAACUCACGGACUACAGCCCCAAGACCAGCUUCGUAUGUGGAGGCAGGAGGAUCGUGUGUGUGGGCAGUGGUUUUGACCUCAUCCAGAGAGCCACCAUGAAGGUGCUGCCCUCUGCUGAUGACUUCUCUCAGUCCCCUCCUGUUGAGUUCAUCCAGUAUGCCGUACAUAAGAACGACACUGUGCUGCUGUUUGACAGUCCAGUGGUGAACAGGUCCUCUCAAACCCAGUCCUUUAGGGCCUUCCUCCAGCUAGACAAUGUGAUAGAGGAACUGAAUUCCUUUGAGUACCACCCCGACCCAUUCUUCAAUGAACUGACCAAGAACAUCAUCACUGAAACCUCCAUUAUCAUCGUUACGGGUCGUGGUUUCAGCAAGGCCAUGACAGCUGAAGAAGCCCAGGCGUUCGUGGGAGAUGCGUCCUGUAAGGUGACCAUCCUGCAGGAUGACAAGCUGUUCCUGGAAGCUCCGUCCACCCAGCCCAGAGCCCGCUCCAAACGCCAGCGCAGAGACACCAGCUCCGACCCUUUGGACCUAACGAUAAAGUUUGGUAAUGGUGAGUGGGUGGUGGGCUCAGUGAACUAUGAGAGGAAGUAUGAGGUUCCUUUGGCUAUCAUCAUCCCAGCUGUCAUCGUCCCUAUGCUACUGUUCAUAGCUGUGUCCGUCUACUGCUACAGGAGGAAGAGCCAGCAGGCAGAGAGAGAGUAUGAGAAAGUCAAACACCAGUUGGAUCAUCUGGAGGAGAGCGUGAGAGACCGCUGCAAGAAGGAAUUCACAGACCUGAUGAUUGAGAUGGAGGACCAGACCAAUGACCUGAGUGAGGCCAGGAUCCCCUUCCUGGACUAUAAGACCUACACAGACCGGGUCUUUUUCCUGCCCUCUAAAGAUGGGGACAACGACGUCAUGAUCACUGGCAAGCUGGACAUCCCCGAGGGACGGAAGGUCAUCGUAGCUCAGGCCCUCAACCAGUUCUCUAACCUGCUCAACUCUAAGACCUUCCUCAUCAAUUUCAUCAAGACCUUGGAGGGCCGUCCAGACUUUAACGCCAGGUCCAGGGUCUACUUUGCCUCAUUACUGACCGUGGCUCUGCAUGGUAAACUAGAGUACUACACAGACAUCAUGAGAAGCCUGCUGCUGGAGCUGAUGGAGGAAUACGUGCACAGCAAGAACCCUAAACUCAUGCUGCGCAGGUCAGAGACGGUGGUGGAGAGGAUGCUGUGUAACUGGAUGUCCAUCUGUCUGUAUCAGUUCCUCAGGGACUCUGCGGGCGAACCCCUAUACAAGUUGUUCAAGGCCAUCAAGCACCAGGUAGAGAAGGGCCCAGUGGACGCUAAGAUGAAGAAGGCCAAGUACACUCUGAACGACACGGGGCUCCUAGGGGACGACGUGGAGUACUGCAUCCUGACCCUGCAGGUGCUGGUGCACGGCGAGGGACCAGACGUGACGCCGGUGAAGGUGCUAAACUGUGACACCAUCUCUCAGGUGAAGGAGAAGAUCAUUGAACAGGUGUACCGCAACCUGCCCUACUCACAGAGACCCAAGGUGGACAGUGUUGCUCUUGAGUGGCGGCCUGGUUCUACAGGGCAGAUCCUGUCUGACAUGGACCUGACAUCACAGAAGGAGGGCAGGUGGAAGAGACUCAACACCCUGGCACAUUACAACGUGAGAGACAAUGCCACGCUGGUGCUGUCCAGAGUGCUUCACACCCAUCGCCAGUUCCACCAGAACCAGGAUAGCCAUGAAGAAAAAAACGCCCUGUUGGAAGAUGACAAGGUGUUCCACCUGGUGCGGCCAGCAGACGAGCUGGAUGAGGUCAAAUCUAAGAGAGGAAGUUUGAAGGCCAAGGCCACGACUAAAGCCAUCGCUGAGAUCUACCUGACACGACUGCUCUCUGUCAAGGGUACUCUGCAGCAGUUUGUGGAUGAUUUCUUCCGCAGUGUGUUGUGUUCUGGAGCGGUGGUUCCUCCUGCUGUUAAAUACUUCUUUGACUUCCUGGAUGAGCAGGCUCUGAAACACGACAACGUUGAGGAGGAGACCGUCCAUAUCUGGAAGACCAACAGCCUGCCCAUGCGUUUCUGGGUGAACAUCCUGAAGAACCCUCACUUCAUCUUUGACGUGCACGUGACGGAGGUGGUGGACGCGUCGCUGUCCGUCAUCGCUCAGACCUUCAUGGACGCCUGCACCAAGACGGAACACAAACUGAGCCGGGAAUCUCCCAGCAACAAGCUGCUCUAUGCAAAGGAGAUCUCCACCUAUAAGAAGAUGGUGGACGAUUACUACAAGGGAAUCAAGCAGAUGGUCCCAGUCAGUGACCAGGACAUGAACACACACCUGGCUGAGGUUUCCAGGGAACACACAGACACGCUGAAUACCCAGGCAGCCUUGCACCAGCUCUACCAGUAUGCCAGCAAAUACUAUGACGGGAUCAUCCAGUCUUUAGAUGAGGACCCAGCCGCCCAGAGUAAACAGCUGACCCUGCGGCUGCAGCAGAUAGCCGCCGCCCUCGAGAACAAAGUCACCGACCUUUAACCUCUGACCCCUAGAGAAAGGGGGAGGGGCUAUGGGACCACUCUGUAGACCAAGAUGAGGGGGACCGGAGACUGAGACAGACUUCAGACUAUUACAGUAUCAACCAUGAAGAGCUACACAUAUCUCUUCCCCCUAGAGACAUGAGAAGCUGUGGGAAACUAUUGCGUUUUGGCCAAAAUACUUGUAAAGGAGCAGAGCUACUGGGCCAAAGUUGGACAGGGUGAUCCCUAAUCAUCAGUCUCCCUCUCUCUCUCUCUCUCUCUGACUCUAUGGAUCCUAUAGACUGAAAGAGCAAGGUACUUCAGUAUAGUCUCUGAGUGAGCUAGCAGACUGUAAACCCAGCCUACAGAGGAUAUACGGUACACCACCACUGACCAACCAUAGCAACUAUACCUGUCAGUCCCAUGAUAUACAACCUGGUGUUGAUGACUUACAGCUUGCACAGAGAAUCAGAUGUUUAAUGUGCUCCAGAGUAGACCCGAGUUAGGAGAGUGGUGUUGUAUGUAAAUAUAUUUUUAUGGCACAGGCUUUAUGCAAAAGACGCUUUACAUACCAAGAUGAAAUUAUUUUUUAAAAGGAUGGAUGGGCACAACUAAGUUUGUUAAUUUGUGUUUUUAAAAAGUUUCUAGAAGCGAAGAAGCAGGGUGUUCCAUGAUGUCAUAUCCUGUGUUUAAUCGUUUGUUUGCUUACUGUGUAAUCUGCAUUGCCAUUGGCUAGUUAUGACUGGUUAAUCACUUUGUUUUUGUCAUGAUUUGUAUUUGUCGCUGAUAUAUUUUUGAUGUGGGUUCUCAGUGUAGUGCAUUAUGCAGGGAAUAGGGUGCAGCCUUGAACCACUUCACAUGAUGACUGCGUCCCUAUUCAGGGUCAGCUCUCCCCUAUACGGUAGUAAAACAAGCCAAGCGGACUAAAAGAUGAAGCACAUUCAUACUGUACCAUUGAUAUCAACGUCUCACUGAAACUAACUGGUGGACAUAGUUAGAGCUUUCACACACGUUGGGUUUUGGCUUGACUAUGUGCCAAUACACAGUAGAGCUGAGGUUGAACAUCUUCUCAUUUUAUACAAUAAAUAAAUUUCUCUUCAUUUUUCCAUCUUGGGUCCAGAAAUAGUACGUAUGUGGAUAGAUGAAUCAGGGCUCUGUUUAUCUGAAAUAGUACUAUGUGGAUAGAUGAAUCAGGGCUCUGUUUAUCUGAAAUAGUACGUAUGUGGAUAGAUGAAUCAGGGCUCUGUUUAUCUGAAAUAGUACUAUGUGGAUAGAUGAAUCAGGGCUCUGUUUAUCUGAAAUAGUACUAUGUGGAUAGAUGAAUCAGGGCUCUGUUUAUCUGAAAUAGUACUAUGUGGAUAGAUGAAUCAGGGCUCUGUUUAUCUGAAAUAGUACUAUGUGGAUAGAUGAAUCAGGGCUCUGUUUAUCUGAAAUAGUACUAUGUGGAUAGAUGAAUCAGGGCUCUGUUUAUCUGAAAUAGUACUAUGUGGAUAGAUGAAUCAGGGCUCUGUUUAUCUGAAAUAGUACUAUGUGGAUAGAUGAAUCAGGGCUCUGUUUAUCUGAAAUAGUACUAUGUGGAUAGAUGAAUCAGGGCUCUGUUUAUCUGAAAUAGUACUAUGUGGAUAGAUGAAUCAGGGCUCUGUUUAUCUGAAAUAGUACUAUGUGGAUAGAUGAAUCAGGGCUCUGUUUAUCUGAAAUAGUACUAUGUGGAUAGAUGAAUCAGGGCUCUGUUUAUCUGAAAUAGUACUAUGUGGAUAGAUGAAUCAGGGCUCUGUUUAUCUGAAAUAGUACUAUGUGGAUAGAUGAAUCAGGGCUCUGUUUAUCUGAAAUAGUAACCACUUUAGCUCAAUGCUGAUAGUAUAGAAUGUUUGCUGGUAUGUUUUAUGCCAUAAUUGUUUUUCUGUAUCAUUUUUUAAAACCGUUUAUUUCAAAAUGGCUCUUAUUGUCGUUGUAGACCAUUGCCUGUGUGUGAAACAUGAGACUAGAUAUGGAAAAGAGAAAUGCUAAAAUGAUCAUUACUUAUGUAUAUAAUUGAAUGGUACUUGUGUAAAUCAUUGAGCUGUGAACCACCAUGACUUGUGGAGGUUGUCUACAGCACAGGUACUGCCUUUUCUCUAGUGAUCCCUGUCACAACUGUCAAUUCUUCUGAAACCAUGACGAUGGAUUUCCAACAUCAUCCUUAAAUCAUUUGCCGAAUAGUUUUCACGUCGUCAUCAGCUCGUUUGUUUCUUCUGCUAUGCAACUGUUUCAUUUUGAAUCACUCCUCAAAUAUAUUUUAAUACUAAACCAA